GGUGAAUGCGCGUGCUCAGCCGGAAGUGUUGGUCUCCAAGCCAAACUGAAACAACAUGUCUGUAGAUUCAUCUUUAUUAAACAUUGAAUCAAAGGAGCUGGACUAUGAAAAACUCUUCCUGGACAGCCUUCAGCAUGAACCAGAACCAUCAGAUCUCUUCAAACCUGCCACUUUUUUACAAGUUACACCCAAACCUGGUUUCUGUAUCAAAGUGAAAGAUGAAGAAGAUAAAAAAGUCUUCAUUAAUAUUUGUCAAGCUGACAAUGUUCCAAUACCUGAGGAAAUAUCUGACGAGAAAUUAAUGGAAUUGCUGGAUUCUGAAGUUCCAACUGAUUACCGAAUCCCGAUGAGUCUCGGAGAAUCUCACCCAGAACUCGAUAAAAGUGGCCAAGCCUGUACAGUCUAUGAUAUUGUCAUCAAUCCAAAGUUUUUCGAAAAGAUCCAGAAGAAUGAGUUGUUCCGAGUAUUUAUGAUAUCGAUAUCUAUGGAAGGUUUGGAGGAAAAAUACAAAAUGAAGCUAAAACGAAAAUCUUGGGUGAUGUUGAAGAACAAGAAGUUCAUGGGAAGUAUAGCACCACAGAACAUUCGCAACAAAUCAAAAUCCUUGAUUUGUGAAGUCUCUGAUAAUGUAGGGUCAGAGUCCAGUCUACAGCCUGCAGCACCAUCUACUCCACUGAUCAAAGAAAUAUCCAGCCAUGCAGUGCAACAUAUUGGAGAAAAGCCUUUGUAUAAAUUGCUGAAAGACCCUGCUCAAGGACAUCCAGAAUUUAUGGUAGCAGAAAUAAACCUUCCCAAAAUUAAAAUUGCUACGUCAUUGAUUCUCAAUAUCGGAGAAGACCGCUUGCUUCUAGAAACGAGAUCGGAUGUCUACUUGUUAGAUAUCUAUUUUCCAUACAACAUCAUCCAGGAAAACUGUGGGGCACAGUUCAAUAGAAAGACUAAGUUAUUAACUGUCACCAUGCCAGUCCAACCAGAGAAUUAUGUAACAACCUGAUCAUUGUGCAAGAAACUACACAAUAUAUUUCUGUUCUAGUUGUUAACAGCCAGGAUGCCAGUGCAAACAAAGUGUUAUUAUAUAAUGACCUGACUGAUGCUUUCUGGACAUUAGACAAUGUAUAUUUUUGUUCCAAUUAUUCAUAUUGAAUUAAUUUUUGCACAAUUUUUUCAAUACUUCUCAAAUUGGUGAUUUUUAUGUAUAAUGAUGCAUAAAAAUUAUCAAUUCAAGACAGAAUAACCAAGAGCAAGAAAAGUGGGUGGUAGAUAUUCAAUUCAGUUUUACACCACCACCGACUCUUUACCCUGGGGUACCUUCAUUGGAGUUUAUGGAAUUUUGUAUGGGUGAUAUCUUUAAUCAUUUGCCUGGUUUUAACACAACCACCUGGGUCUUGGACCCUUUAGUAGUGUUACACCUGGUGCUAGAUGGGGUUUUGUAUUUUUUUCACCCAGUUUAACACCAUCUACUUGCCCCUGGGUGUCUUUAGUCUGGAGAUUCUUCCUCUCUUCAUCCAGUCGUGGAGUUCUGCAAAAGGUCCUGAAGGAUAGGAAAUGACUUAAAAUCUAUCUAUUGUUUGCUGAAUCUGCCCUGUAGGGACCUGUUGGUCUUAUCUCUCUCUCUCUUUCUUAUCCUCCCCCUCACUGUCUGUCUGUCUAUCUAUCUAUCUAUUCCCCUCAUAUUUCUGUCUAUAAUGUUUGAAAUCAUUUAUUUUAAAAUCUAAAAUCUUAGCCAUUAAUUCACAAACUAUGCAAUAUUACAUUGAUAUUAGCUCUGUAUUUGAGAGAGAAACAACCAAGAGACCCAGCAAUUAACAGAUUCUUGGUUCAAAUCCCAGCAUUGUUUCUGUCUGUUAUUGUUUUUUUAUAAAUGUUUAAUAAAUGUGUUUUUGAAAAUAUUA